AUGGGAAAGGACAUGGAAGCUGUUGAUAAAGAUAUCGCGAGGAAUUUCCUGACUGCAGCAACCGACGAUGGCAGGAGUAUUCUGAUAAACCUAAAAGGUUAUUCCAACUCAUAUGUGUCUGAACAAGUUCAUGAUAAACUUAGAACAAAGUACUACUGGCGCAAUUGGUUUGUUGCAGUUUACGACGAUAUCAAAGGCAGAAGUGAGCACUGGAUAGCACUUUGUAAUGGAAAAUUUGUUUUUCGGGAAAGCGGCUUUAACAUGCUGUUGUCAAGCAACUCCAAGGACACACCAACAUUGGACUUUUCCAGGGCUUACUCUUAUCUUGAAGAUGCCAAAUAUUUAGACAAAAGCUUUUGGAGUCCAAAGCUAUACUUAGACGCCAAAGAUGUCAUGGAAAGCAUGGAAGUACCCGAUGGCUGUAGCUCGGAGACAGCUUAUGGAGUCAUUAAAAGCUCUGCCGACGUUUCUAUGAGAGCCAGUUACUGGAGAUAUGUUGUCAUCUGGAGAGGGCCUUAUAUAUUGUUCAUGUUUCGAUAACUCA